AUGGUAACUGUGAGAACACAGCCGGCUCGUACCAGUGUAACUGUCCCCACUGACUUUGAGCUCAACCCCACUGGAAUCGGCUGCAUUGCGGAGUAUAACACACUGUGUCCUGGAGGAGAGGGUUUCAAACCCAACCCCAUCACCAUCAUCCUGGAAGAUAUUGAUGAAUGUCAGGAGCUGCCGGGUCUGUGUCAGGGGGGAAACUGCAUCAAUACAUUCGGAAGUUUCCAGUGUGACUGUCCAGCUGGAUACUACCUCAACAUGGACAGCCGCAUGUGUGAGGAUAUUGAUGAGUGUGUGCUCAGUUCAGGCGUGUGUGGUCCAGGCACCUGUUACAACACACUGGGAAGCUACACAUGUGUCUGCCCAAAGGACUACAUGCCAGUGAGCGGAGGACACGGCUGCAUGGAUAUGAGGAAAAGUCUGUGUUAUCGGAACUACAGUGGCAGUACCUGUGAGCAGCAGCUCAACUUCAACACCACACAGAGAUUGUGCUGCUGUGCUUACAAUGUGGGCAAAGCCUGGAACAAACCAUGUCAGGCCUGUCCGAGCCCUGGCACAGGGGACUAUAGAAGUCUUUGUGGCAGCAUGAUCGGAUUCAGGAUUGACACUGAAACUGGAAAGCCGAAAGAUAUUGAUGAAUGUCAUGAAAUCCCAGGCAUCUGUGCUCAUGGCGUGUGUAUAAACCACGUGGGCAGUUUCCACUGCGAGUGUCCCACAGGCUUCAGUUACAGUGACCUGCAGCUCAUCUGUGAAGACAUUGAUGAAUGUAGCAGUAGAGAGCCUGUGUGUCAGAGAAACGCAGACUGCUUCAACCGGCCGGGCAGCUAUCAGUGUGAAUGUUCUGAGGGGUAUAUACUCACACCUGAUGGAGCCUGCGCUGACCGUAACGAGUGUGUGGAGACGCCCAGCGUGUGUCUUCAUGGUGACUGUGUGGACUUUCCAGGAGGAUACGAGUGUGUGUGUCACACCGGCUUUACAGUGACAGCAAACCACAGGAUGUGUGUAGAUGUUAAUGAGUGUUCACACCAGCAGUGUGGGAAUGGCACAUGUGCAAACUCUGUUGGCUCGUUUAACUGUAUCUGUCAUCAAGGAUUUGAGCUCGCCAGUAAUAACUACUGUACAGAUAUUGACGAGUGUGCAGUUUUUCACUCUCAGCUCUGCAGGAACGGCCGCUGUGUUAAUAAUGUCGGCUCCUUCCAGUGCCUCUGUACAGAGGGCUAUGAGCCCACACUUGACGGAAAGAGCUGCAUAGAUGUUAAUGAGUGUAUAUUGAAUCUUGGGAUAUGCGCUCCUGGAACGUGUGUGAAUCUGGAUGGUUCUUUCAGAUGUGUCUGUCCUGAUGGGUAUAUUGUCCACAAUCUGCACUGCGUAGAUGUGAACGAGUGUUCAGAGGAGCCUGGCAUCUGUGCGUAUGGCUCCUGCUUCAACAGUCUGGGCAGCUUUGAGUGUGUGUGUAAACCUGGAUUUGUGCUAUCAGAAGAUAGACGCAGAUGUUAUGACACUAGAGAGAGCUUCUGUUUCACACGCUUUGAGAGCGGCAAGUGCUCUGUCCCACAGGCAUUUAACACCAGCAAAGCCAAGUGCUGCUGUAGCAUCAUGGCCAAAGAGGGCUGGGGCGACCCCUGUGAGCUGUGCCCUAAAGAACAGGAUGCUGCAUUUCAGGAUCUCUGUCCAUUUGGCCAUGGGAUCAUUCCUGGUGCUGGGAACACACGUGUGGACUUAAACGAAUGUGUGGAGAAUCCAGAGAUCUGUGUGAAUGGCCGCUGCAUCAACACAGAUGGCUCUUUCCGCUGCGAGUGUCCCACAGGCUACAUGCUUGACUACACAAGAACACAUUGUAAUGAUAUUGAUGAGUGUUCUUUGGGAAACCCCUGUGGAAAUGGCACGUGCUCAAAUGUGAUUGGAGGAUUUGAGUGUCUGUGUGAGGAGGGAUUUGAGCCUGGACCAAUGAUGAGCUGUGAAGAUGUGAAUGAGUGCAGUCAGAAUCCUCUGCUCUGUGCAUUUCGCUGCAUUAACACUUUCGGGGCUUAUGAAUGCAGCUGUCCAUCUGGAUACACACUGCGAGAGGAUGGACGCAUGUGUCAGGAUGUAAGAAGACGAGUGUGUGCAAAUGAUCUUCACAACUGUGACUCCAGAGGAAUGGAGUGUAACAACUUAAUUGGCACGUUCAUGUGUGUUUGUCCAGCCGGGAUGAUCCGCAGGAUGAAUGACGACAUGUGUCAAGGUUGGUACAGACACAAGGAGGGAGUUGAGUCUCAGUGCUGCUCGCUGAUCGUGGAAUGGAGCCGCGGGCCUGGAGGGACCGCGUGUGAGCUCUGCCCACCUCCUGCCACUGCCAGCUACAGGAAACUCUGUCCAUAUGGCCACGGCUACACCACUGAUGGAACAGAUAUAGAUGAGUGUAAGCUGAUUCCAGGUGUUUGUGCCAAUGGCGUCUGUAUCAACAUCAUGGGCUCUUACAGAUGCCACUGUAAGCUAGGAUACAUCGCCUCUGCCGCAGGAACCGCAUGCGUCGAUUUGGAUGAAUGCGGUUUGUCCCCGAAGCCCUGUAACUUCAUCUGUAAGAAUACAGAGGGCAGCUAUGCGUGUUCCUGUCCGCGGGGUUACACGCUGCAGGACGACAGCAGGACCUGUCGAGAUGUGGAUGAAUGUCAGAGCGGACGACACAACUGUCAGUUCUCCUGCGUCAACACCAUCGGUGGAUUCACCUGCAAGUGUCCGGCGGGCUUCAGCCAGCAUCACACAGCCUGCAGAGAUGUUAAUGAGUGUCUGUCUGCGGGGGGUCCGUGUGGCCAGCGGGGCGUCUGUCUGAAUUCAGUGGGCAGCUUCAGCUGUGAGUGUCCACAGGGCUUCAGUCUGGACUCUCUCGACCUCAGCUGUGACGCCUAA